UAGAGAGAGAGGAAAGUUCAGUUUCAUUUCUUGUUCCUGAUUUCAGCAAUGGCGGCUGCUGAUCUGAGAGACGAGCUGAGCUGCUCCAUCUGCCUGAGCAUUUAUACUGAUCCGGUAUCCCUGCCCUGUGGCCAUAACUUCUGCCGGGGCUGCAUUGGGUUGGUGCUGGGUACCCAGGAGGGGUCUGGGGCUUAUUCCUGCCCUGAAUGCAGAGCUGAGUAUCAGGAGUGCCCUGCCCUGCCCAGGAACAGAGCUCUGGGGAACAUAGCAGAGAGGUUCCGUCCGACUGAGACAGAGCCGGGGGAGACUGGGAUCUUCUGCACUUACUGUCUCCUCUCUCCUGUACCUGCUGCUAAAUCCUGUCUCCUGUGUGAGGCUUCAUUUUGUAAUAAGCACCUGAGGGGGCACAGCCAGUCAGCAGAACAUGUACUCACUGAGCCCACCGCUUCCUUUAUGGGGAGAAAAUGUUCUGUACAUCACAAGGUUCUGGAGUAUCACUGCUGUGUGGACUCUGCCUGUAUCUGUGUGUCCUGCUGCCUGGCCGGGGGGCACCGGGGCCACAGGGUGGAGCUGCUGAGUGAGGCCUCUGAGAAGAAGAAAGAGAAACUGAGGAAAGUUCUGGAGAAACUGAGCUCAGAGAGAGAGGAGACUGAGAGAGGAGCCCAGAGGCUGCAGGAGCGCAGGAGAGAAUCUGAAAUAAAAGCAGCCGGUGAGAGAAAGAGAGUCACUGCCCUGUUUAGGAGCAUCAGGGAAGAGCUGGAAGCCCUAGAGAAGCGACUCCUGAGUGACAUUUCCAGGCAGAGAGAAGAGCUUUCCCUCCAACUCAAGGAUCUGAUCCAACAGCUGGAAAUAAAGAAGGACGAGCUGUCCAGAAAGAUCCGGCACAUUGAGGAGCUGUGCAACAUGGCAGAUCCACUCACUUUCCUACAGGAACAAUGGGAAUCCCAUGGAGCUGCCUUUUGUGGGGCUGAGAGGGGAGACAGAAAGCGCAGAAAUCACAUAAAGGUCCCGGCUGUAGGGGAUCUGGAUGCGUGUCGGAUCUCAGAGACAUUACUCACAGGCUUAGCUGGGAUUGUGACUGGGGUAGAGGGAUGGCAUAUCUAUGGGCAGGAGGCUACAGAGCUGGCACUGGAUAUAAACAUGGCUGGGAAUCGUGUAUCUGUAUCAGGGUAUGGGAUAUCUGCUUCCUACUCACAUACAGCCCAGUGUCGCCCACAAACCCCAGAGAGAUUUCAGUAUUCUCAGGCUUUAAGCAGCAGGAGAUUCCCCUCAGGGCGACAUUACUGGGAAGUGGAUGGCAGUAAAUCAGGGCGCUGGGGGGUAGGGGUGGCCUAUCCCAGUAUAGAGAGGGGAGGGGGUCAGUCUCUCAUUGGGAAUAAUAACAAGUCCUGGUGUUUGUACAGAUGGAAUAAUAACUAUACAGUGAGAUAUGACUGGAAAGACACACAGUUACCCCACGUCCCUUCCUGCAGGAGAAUCAGGAUCUCAUUGGACUAUGAGGCCGGACGCCUGUCCUUUUAUGAGCUGAGUGAGCCAAUCAGGCACUUACACACCUUCACUGCCUCCUUCACUGAGCCCCUUCAUGCUGCAUUCUGGGUAGGGGGAGGUGCCUGUGUGAGAAUCAUUAGUUAUGGCCCUGCCCACUGCCCAGCAGGAACCCCAUUCCCAGAGCUGCCCUUAGUCCUGUGAUGCCAGGAAAGGAAGGACAUUGGUCAUUGUAUUUAAAGAACUUCAAUUCCAACCAGCUAAAUGUCAUUUCUGCCCCACCAGAUUGAAAUUUAUUGGAUGAAACACCCUUGUGUGAGUGAUUAUUGCAGACGUCUCAAUAAAUACUAAACACACCCCCCUCUGUGUGGCCCCCACCCGUCUGGCUGCUUUGAUGGCUUUCCUUUGUGUAAGCUUUAA